AAAAGUCCCUGGGCGUGACGGAGGACGUCAACGUUAUGAAGUGAUUCCUGGUGCUCUUGUAAUGGUUAGUCUUUUAUUUUUAGGUAUAAUUUACAACUGGGAGUUCACGAGUCAUGAAGGCUGGGGCCUCGUCCAUGUGGGCUUCAUGUUGCGGUCUGCUGAAUGAAGUGAUGGGUACGGGAGCAGUGCGCGGCCAGCAGCCAGGGUUUGGUGCAGGAGCCGGUCCCUUCAGAUUUGCCCCCAACGCUGGGUAUUCAACCUACCCCCCGCCUUCAUCGGUAAACGCUAGUGUUGUCUGCAAGGCCUGCGGACUAGACUUUUCUGUGUUCAGGAAAAAGCACGUUUGCUGUGAUUGCAAGAAGAACUUCUGCUCUCUCUGCUCGGCCCUGCAAGAAAACCUUUGGAGAUGUUCCACGUGUAAUGUGCUGAAAGAAACCGCUUUCCAGAGGCCACAGCUAAUGAGACUGAAAGUAAAAGACCUGCGGCAGUAUCUAAUGCUGAGGAAUAUACCGACAGAGACCUGUCGCGAGAAAGAGGACUUGGUGGACCUUGUUUUGUGCCAUCAUGGAUCGGAUGCAGAAGAUGACUUGGACACAAGUAGUUUACAUUCAUCCAGGUCUGUGCUCGCCACGCCUCGUUCUACAUUACACUCCACUCCCUCCCAGUCCUCGCUGUCUGCCUCUCCGGGGGAUCAGCUCAGUCAGAGGGGAAGCUCAGGAACCGCAAAUCAGGAACGUGAUGAUGAAGCAUCUCUGUUGAAUCUGGAAUCAAAUGAAAAUGUAGCACCACAGCAGGCUACUCCGCUGUCUCGAAAGCGUGCAAGAGCCUCUCUCUCAGACAUAUCCACCAUGGAGGACAUCGAAGGACUGAAUGUCCGGCAGCUCAAAGAGAUCCUUGCUCGAAAUUUCGUGAAUUAUUCAGGUUGCUGUGAAAAGUGGGAGCUGGUGGAGCGCGUCAACAGACUGUACAGAGAGACUGAAGAAAACCGGAAGUCAUUGGAAAAUGUGGACAACAGUAAAACUGCAGUGGUGACGUCACACCCUCAGCCAAUCUGCAGUGGUGGAAAUGGAGACGAUGAGAAGAUGCACUUAAGCAGCGAUGACAACCUGUGCAGGAUCUGUAUGGAUGCUGUGAUUGACUGUGUACUCCUGGAGUGUGGCCACAUGGUCACCUGUACCAAAUGUGGAAAGAGAAUGAGUGAAUGCCCCAUCUGUCGACAGUAUGUAGUGCGGGCUGUGCACGUUUUCAAGUCCUAACACGGGAGAGGGGAGAGGCUAAACAUUUAGGUUACUAACAUUCACUUCAUCUCUCAUUUUUGCAAUGUUAUUAACCCUUUGCAGUCCAUUUAUUAACUGCGCGUCAGGCACGCCAGGUCUAAUUAAUUUUCACACGCGCAGUUAAUUUUAUACGCGCUGUUUAAAAGUAUUUUUUUUCACAGUCAAACGGGUUUAAAUGGCCCUGCAUAUCAACAAAGCACUCACUAGGCAUCUCCAGCCCCGCCCCACCCUUUUGUUUGCUAUAGCGUUCACCUAUGCAAGAAAUAAAUAAUAAUAAUAAUAAUAAUAGUCGUACAUACCGAUCGAUCAUCUCCGGAUCACUCGUUUUAUCACCAAACUCCUCAAUAAUGCGAUCCAAGUCAUUAUUUUAUUACUAUAACAUCUGAAAAAAGCUCUGCAAAUGUCCAUGAUAGUCUCUGUGCGCUGACGCACUCAGCCAGCUUGUUUACUAUGAACGCCCCGUUAUCUGAUACCUGAUACCAUGUAUGACUAUUCAUGAGAUACGCCCUUUUUUUUUUCGACUUGUCUCGGCUCCUGUCGCUCCCACUCGGCAAUUGAAUGGUUUUCUCGGCUUUUUCCGGAGAAAAAACGACUAAACACCCGUUUAUUGCGUUGCUAUAAUGAUGUCGGACCCAGUCCGACAAAGGACCUGUGAGGAAUAAUUGCAAUGUCGGACCCAGUCCGACAAUGGACCGCAAAGGUUAAAGGUAUUUUAUUCGUCCCUAUUUGGUGCCCGCUCAUAAAGAGCUCAAAUAGAUUUGUGUGACGAGUAAAUGAUUUGAGACCUGGAAAUUAGAGAAUGCCUACAGUCUAUACCGGUAGCUUCAAAGUAUUUGUGUUUUAGUACCCUCUUCAGUUAAGUGAAUGUGAUGUUUUGUACUGCAAGCCCCUGUUCUACACACUUCUAUUUUCUUUUCUUUGUGUCUAAUCUGGCCUCAAUGAAAACUACAGAAAUAAGCAUCGGUCAGACUUUGUAAACCCCAGUGCCUGCCUUCAUGGAAUCAGUCAGGGGAGUCAUUUUCAAUUUUACUAUUCAGUUCCGUGUUGACAACAUUGUGGGUUUUUAAAGUUUGACACACUGACGAUUUCUUUAAACUCAGUUGAUGUGACAACACUGAGGAAUUUUCUAAAAUGCUAUGCUGUUAUGGAGCAUAUCCUGUAUAUUUCAAUGGAGGUAAUUAAACACCCUGUAGAGUAAUGGUAGCACUGUGAGGGCCUGGCAGGGAUUACUUAAACUACAAUUUGAGAAUUGUUUUUUUCUAACAAUUGCAUUGCAGGAAGAUUUGGGUCUGUGCAUUGAAUGAUUUUGAGGGUUCUGAAAUCUGUGGUAAUGGACACUUGAAUGUUGUUCUUUAUUAAAUUCCACUUGCUUAGCGAGAGGUUAUUCUGAAAACGUUUUGCCAUGUAUACGUAGUGACAUUUUUAAUAACACUCAGGUGUUUGAAGGUGCAAGGAGUUUGUCUCGUCUGUUGUGUGCAGUAUGUUAAGUGAUCCCUUCACCUGAACACUUUGGGGACCAAAUCAGUUUUAUAUGAAUACCAUGUGGCGAUACAGUAUAUUCCAGUUCUAUCAAGCAAAGCCAAUAUCCAUCUUCUGUUUAUUUUUCUGCUUUGGAUCUUUAGUCACAGAAUUUGGUUCCUCAAAAUGGGCUUUUAAUCAGACACGUAGCGAGGCAAUACAAAGAUUUGCAAAUUCAUGUUAUGUAGAAAUGGUACAGAAAGAAAAUAAGUACAGUUUUAGCUGUUUCAUAUCGCUAACCUAAAAUGUAUAUAUUUUUUUGUUUGUUUUGAAUGUUUAAUAUCAGAUUUUUAAAUAUUGUAAGAAGUUAUGUUUAUCAAUUGUAUAAAACUGUCUGUGUAAAAUGAUUUUAAUAUUAAGUGUGUUUGGUGACAUAUGACUGAAUCUAUAAAACAGAAGAGGGUAGAACGCUUGUAUCCUACCUGUCCUUUUCAUAAGCACUAUCAGGAAUUAUACUUGGAGAUAUACUUUCUGGUAAGCUGUUUGUUUUUCCCCUAAAUGAUUUCUUACCUGCAGCCUUCAGUUGAUACAGUAUAACACUUAGAAUUGAAAACACCACUGAGUGCACUUCAAUUCUAAGUAAAACAUGCUUCCGUGUCUCCUUGAGGAUACACGAAAUAAAAACACCAGAAAACCUUUACCAGGACGUCCUGCAGCAAUACAAGACCAAAACGGGUACUGAUGCAGGCUGCAUGCAAGAGAUACAUCCACUGGAAACGAUUCCUUAAGGAAGCAGUUUAAAUUAGGUAUGGUCUUGUAUUUUGGAAUGUUGAACUUUUUAUUUUGGUUAAUUAAAAUAAUUAAAAAUUCAUUGAAUAAAAAAAUACAGUAUCUUCACUAA